AUGUUUGAAAAAAGCUUCAGAGGAACUUCUUUGUGCGCACUUAAGAAGUAUGCAGCGGAAGAGCUGGACCCGGAAGACCAUUUUGGAUUUAUGGAAAUAUGCCGAGCCUUUGGAAUUACAAACAAGGCGCGCUGCUACUCCGACACCGAGCUUAUAGAGCUGUUCCAGCGAUUCAAAGAGAUCUGCCUGCAAUUCGGCAUUCCUAUAGAGCACGAUUUUGUCUCUCUGCAUGCUGUGAGCAUGGCCCAUGAGGAAAACUGCAUCCAGAGUCUGAGCCAGGACCGAAUCGAGGUUGAGGUUUCCAGGCAGCAGAGCAAAGCAGCAGAACUGUACAUAAAGAAAAUCCAGCUUGGAGAGCUUUUAAAGCAAAAAGAGAUGUUGCAAAAAGAGCUUGAGCAAAUAGAGCAGAUAAGAGAGUAUUCAAACGUGUCGAAGGAAGUGGUUCAGCUGGCAAAAAGCCUGAACGUCAAAACGUCCAAGCAGAAUGCAGGGUUCACCAUUUACUCGCGCGCAGACUGCCACAUUGACUUCCACAGCUAUUUUAUACCUUUUGUAAACCUGUCCAUAGAGACAGUCAACUUCAUAUACGAGCAAAUACUGACCAUAGGCACCCAUCCUGGCGCAAAAGAGUGCAUGGUUCUUCUUUUGAUGAAGUACUACCAGAAGCGGCUCGAGGCAAAGCAGGCGUACCUCAGGCACAAAACAAAUGAGAACGCUCUGAACUACACCAUAGCUUUGAUUCUGAUGGAGAAGCCCGUUGUUGGAAUAUCGGAACUAUGCCGCCUGCUGAAAAGAGACCGAAAGGAGAUCAUCAAGAGCGUGUUCUUUCUGUGCUCGCAGAAGAUUCUUAUUUUCAACAGGCUCAGCGACGCUGUUUCUCUCUACACAAUGACGCCCGCUAGUUUUUUAGGCCAUAAAUAA